UUCAAACUAACAUGUUCUUUUUUUUGUAACAUCAUUACCAUACUCGCAAAUAGAUAUUGCUGAUCUAAAAAGUUCCUCCUAAUCUCUCUAACCAUUAACAAUCUUAACAUUAUUUAUAGGCCUUUUUCCCCAAGCUCAUGCAUGAUUAAAUGUCUCUCAACCCUCUCUCUCUCUCUCUCUAUACACAUAAGUAUACUCAACAACGAGGCCCUCUUGCUCUCUAUCCUAUAUGUAUUGUUUGAGAUCUCUUGGGAGAUUAUCAUCAACGCAUAAGAAUUGAUGGGUCUUUCUCAAAAUCCAAGCCCUCCUGCUCACCUAUACUCCCAAGAACUUCAACUUAGGCUUUACCAAGCUUUUAUAUUUUCAAUACCAAUCCUCUUUUCCAUAAUUUUGUUUCUUUUGUUUUAUUUGUUUUACCUCAAGAGGAGGUCCUCUACCCUCUCUUCUCCUCCCCCAAUACUUCCAAUUACUCUGAAUCAUCAUCAUGCUGCUACUUUUUCCCCCUUGCUGCAUACAAUCAUUUUGCCAGACAGUGGAGUCAUAGAUGCAUGCAGAGUGCAAGUAUAUACUGCAGAGAUGGGGUUGAAGGGAGAGCUGAGAGAAAAGCUUCCAGUUGUCCUGUUUGAUGAAGGUUUAAGGGAGAAGGACUCACAAUGUUGUGUUUGCCUGGGAGAAUUUGAGAUGAAAGAGGAGUUGAAUCAGGUGCCAUCAUGCAAGCAUGUGUUUCACGUCGACUGCAUCAGCCACUGGCUCCACUCCAACUCCACUUGCCCACUCUGUAGAUCCUCCAUUAAUCCCCACCCACCGCCACCCACCAAGCUCAGCCACCCACAGGAUGGUGAUACCACCACUGCCCACCACCACCACUACCGAUGGAGGCCGUAUUCACAACAAGAGGAUCAACCACAAGAAGCAGAAAUCGGUUAUGGCUCAAGUAUCACAAAUCAUGGUUAUUCAUGAGGAGAACAACCAUGGUGGUGCUAAUAUAUAUGCCAGUUAUAGAAUAUCCCAUGUACUAGUAGUAGUAAUCACUAUAUCAGUAGUACAUGCUCAAGGAAAAGCCCAUGGAGUUGAA